ACUUUUGGAAACUUAAGUAAAAUGACAUGUUUGAUAAAAGCAAGCAUAUUUGACAAAAGCAAGAAAUCAAGUUCUAAGUGCAGUCUAAUGCAGGAAUAAAAAACAGUCUUUUGGUAACCUUUGGUGUUUCGGACCAGUAAGAGUAACUACGAGCGAUUCGUUGCUUGAUUUGCAACAUUAACCCGUUUGAGAUCUUUCUUCUGUAACUUGAUUAAGAGAAAUUCAGCGGUGGUUCGCUCGCUCAAUGCAUCGAUCACGGCAGUGAAAUCUCAAGUGCCGACGACGACGACAACAACCCCUAUUUCAUGAUUUAUGUCACUUUUAUGAGUCUUAAAGCACUAACCGAGAUUGCAAAGACUCUUACAGGUAGGAACAAUUAGCAAUAGCUGCAUUUUCAGUAAACAAUUUCAAUUAAUUUAACUCCACAUUAUACAAUGGCCGAGUCCAGUGACUUGGAUCGGCAAAUCGAGCAGCUUAAGAAAUGUGAAAUUAUCAAGGAGGCUGAAGUCAAAGCUCUGUGCGCAAAGGCGCGAGAAAUUCUGAUUGAGGAGAGCAAUGUACAACGUGUUGAUUCACCUGUGACAGUUUGUGGAGAUAUCCAUGGACAGUUUUAUGAUUUGAAGGAACUAUUUAAAGUAGGUGGCGAUGUGCCAGAAACAAAUUACCUUUUUAUGGGAGAUUUUGUAGACCGAGGUUUUUAUAGUGUUGAAACAUUUCUUCUUUUACUUGCAUUAAAGGUCCGUUAUCCUGACAGAAUUACUUUAAUAAGAGGAAAUCAUGAAUCACGGCAAAUAACACAAGUUUAUGGGUUUUAUGACGAGUGCUUACGCAAAUACGGCAGUAUAACAGUAUGGCGAUAUUGCACAGAGAUAUUCGAUUAUUUAUCAUUAUCUGCUAUUAUCGAUGGCAAGAUCUUUUGUGUUCAUGGUGGAUUAUCGCCUAGUAUUCAAACAUUAGAUCAAAUUCGAACUAUCGACAGAAAGCAAGAAGUUCCUCACGAUGGACCAAUGUGUGAUUUACUAUGGUCAGAUCCUGAGGAUACCCAAGGCUGGGGCGUGUCGCCGCGCGGCGCCGGUUAUCUCUUUGGUAGCGACGUGGUAGCUCAGUUCAAUUCUGCCAAUGAUAUCGAUAUGAUAUGUCGAGCUCAUCAACUAGUAAUGGAAGGCUACAAGUGGCACUUUAACGAGACUGUAUUGACUGUCUGGUCUGCACCAAAUUAUUGUUACAGAUGCGGCAAUGUAGCUGCAAUACUGGAACUAAACGAGCAUCUACAGAGAGACUUUACGAUAUUUGAAGCGGCACCACAGGAAAGCCGCGGAAUACCCAGCAAGAAGCCACAAGCAGAUUAUUUUUUAUAAACGCUAUUGUAGAGUAUAAAAGGAACUAUCAAAAUCAAGUCAAAAUUGAUUUGAAGAAUUUGCUUUUUCUUCUCUCUCACACACACACACACACACACACACACACACACACACACACGCGCGCGCGCGCAGAGAGAGAGAAAGAGGGAGAGAUCAGUUUACAUUGAUUGUGAAGAGCAACUAAAAAUAAGUGAAUUAAAGAAAAUUUUCUAUUAUUUUUGAUGAUAUUCCUAUGAUUACGUUGGACCAUUUACAAUUGGAUGGAACUGUGACAGUAUGUGUGACUGUAAAAUAAAAUAAUGCCUCAGAUUUAAGUCGACAUCAUUAUCUUUCACAACUUAAGUUUCCGAAAAUAUUCAAUAUUGUGUAAAGAUAAAUAAAUAAAAA